UAGUGAUGACAUCGUUAAUUUCUGGUGUAUUUAUCCCUGUGCAAUAAGCUUCAACUAGCCUUAAAAAUACCCGUCCGCUAGUAUCCGUCAAUACCCGCAAUAUACAAAGCUUCCCGUCCUUCAUCACACCAAUCCUCCACUCAAUUCCAACUCACCAGCCUUCAAAAUGCGACCAUUACUUCGUCUCCCACUCAAAUCUACCCUUCCUAAACUUUUCACUCCUCGUCUUUACUCCACCGCUACAUCAGGUCGUCCGCAAUUCAUAUCCUCUUUCCAAAUCCCAACCCCGCAUUCCAACGGUACUAUCCGCGUUCUAUCGCUUUGUCGCCCCGAAGCUCGUAAUGCUAUUAGUAUACAAUUACUACAGGAAUUACGCGCUCAUGUAGAUGAUAUUGCGGCAGAAUAUGAUGCGGAUGGAAAUGAGAUUCGAAAGGUUAGACCGCAAGGGGAGGAUGGGCCGACUAGGGCUUUGAUUAUUACCAGUGAGGUUGAUGGGGUAUUCUGUGCGGGGGCAGAUUUGAAGGAGAGGGCUACUUUUACACCUGAGAUGUAGGUUCCUUUGUAUAUCCAACGGGUGGUGCAGAUACAGUGCAGGGGUGAAGAGAGAGCUAAUGAAGCUAAAACAGGACUCAAACAUUCCUCCAUAAUCUUCGCUCGACAUUCACCAAACUUUCCACCCUCCCAAUUCCAACUAUCUCCGCCAUUUCCUCAAUUGCUCUCGGCGGUGGUCUAGAAUUAGCUCUGUGUACACAUAUGCGGGUCCUUGCCUCAACAGCCGUAGUAGGAUUACCUGAAACUCGUCUUGGUAUAAUACCUGGUGCAGGCGGUACAUAUAGACUACCCGCUUUAAUAGGAAUUGGCCGAGCGCGAGAUUUAAUAUUGACAGGGAGGAGAGUUAGUGGUCCAGAAGCUUAUUUCCUAGGGAUUGCGGAUAGAUUGGUUGAGGUUAAGGAAAAUGAGGGGGAAAGUGGGGUCGGGGGGAAGGAAAAAGGAGAUUUGAUGAAGAGGGCUAAAGAGGCGGUUUUGAAGGAGGCAGUUCUUCUUGCAGGGACUAUUUGUGAGGGAGGUCCAGUGGCCACGAGGAGUGCUUUGAGAGCUGUGGGGUGGGCGAGGGAGGAUGUAGAAAAUGACAUGUAUGGAAGAGUGGUAGGUACUGAAGAUAGGGAUGAGGCAUUGGUUGCUUUUAGGGAGAAGAGGAAGCCUGUUUUCAAGGGAAGAUGAGGGAUUCAUUGGAUUUUAUAAGCUGAGAUUUGAUCACGAGGGUCACUUUCCGAUACUCCUUAAGCGGAUUAAGAAUAGGUGAUGAGGGGACACGGAGUGAGAAUGAGAUGGAGUGGUAAGAGGAAGCAUCCAGGGCAUGAUAAGACGUGAGCUCCGAGCUCGUUGCAUAUUUAGGCGUUUUGGUCACUAAGUAGAUUACCCGGAAAGAAACAUAUACUUCAUGUGAAUACAACCGCAUAACACAAUACUCCGAUCGA